UUAUUUUUAAUUGUAGCUUUUGGCAUUUUAAUUGGGAACUAGAUUGUAUAUUUACAUAACAUGAAAAACACAGAUCAGAAAGCAAACGAGUCCACCGAGCCCAGCUCCGAUGAAGAGGCAUACGACGACAUCGAGGAUGACGAAGAAACGGGUGAGGACGAGGGAGAACCAACAACUUGUUUGUUUUGCACGCAAGUUUUUCUCAGUAUUGAUCUGGCCAUCGAGCAUUUAAACAGUCAGCACAAAGUAAAUUUGUCGCAGCUCAAGCAGAAAUUCCAAAUGGAUCAGUAUGCUUUUAUUAAACUAAUAAAUUACAUACGUGGAGGUCAAGUCAGUGCAGAGCAGCUGCUACUAACAGAGCAGCCACAGUGGAAUAAUGAAAAGUAUCUUAAACCCGGAGACUACGAGCCAUGGCUGUGCUAUGACUACGAUGCGCUCAAGACUGACGAAACGGAGACAGCUGCUAGCGUUCCGGCGCUGAUGCAACGCAUCGCUGAGCAAAGCAAACUACUGCAACAGGCCAGUGAGGAUAUGGAAAGGAUGCGCAGCGACUAUAAAGCACUUCUACAAAAGGUGCACAGCGAUGUGGAGGCAGGCGGAAAGCCAAUGCCAUCAACCAGCAAUGGCGUUGUGCGCAACGCUCCAACGCUGGAUAAAGAAUACUUCAAUAGCUAUUCCCACUUUGGAAUACAUUACGAAAUGCUCAGCGACAAGGUACGCACAAGCAGCUACCGUGCAGCUCUAACAAAUCAGAAAUAUUUGCAAGGCAAGUCGGUGCUUGAUGUGGGCUGUGGCACAGGUAUACUUUCUAUAUUUGCAUCUCAAGCGGGCGCCGAGACCGUCGUGGGCAUUGACAACUCGGAGAUUGUCUAUACCGCUAUGGACAUAGUCAGGAAAAACAAUGUUCAAAAUGUAAAGUUAGUAAAGGGAAGACUGGAGGACACUGUACUGCCAGAGGACAAAUACGAUGUCAUCAUAUCCGAAUGGAUGGGCUAUUUUCUGCUAUACGAGGCAAUGCUGGACACAAUUAUCUAUGCACGCGAAAACCAUUUGAAGCCCAGUGGCAAAAUUCUGCCCAAUCGCUGUACGCUGCAUUUGCUUGGUAUAAAUGAGGCGCUGCAUGAACAACACGUUGAGUUCUGGUCGGACGUUUACGGGGUUAAUAUGAGUGAUCUGCGCAAGCGCAGCAUUGAGGAGCCCCUAAUGGAGGUGGUCAAUCCUGAGCAUAUACUGACAGAGAGCGAGCAAAUUGCCAAUUUUGAUAUGAUGACCGUGGAUCUUAACUAUUCGAAUUUUACGCAUGAAUUCCAUUUAAAGUGCAAGCAAACGGGUAAAUUGGCUGCCUUUGUGGGUUACUUUGACACGUUCUUUGAAAUGGAUAGCCAAAUCAUGUUCAGUACAUCGCCAGCCGAGACGCCCACGCACUGGAAACAGACGGUCUUUUUCAUAGACCAGCCACAAACGGUGCAAAAGGAUCAGGUGAUAAGCGGCAAGAUCAGCUCCCGGCGCCACCAGGGCGAUGUGCGUGCACUGCAUGUGGAUAUCGAGGCCUUUGGCAAGCAUUAUAAGUACUCGGUGGAUUAGUUGGUCUUCAGAUUGUUUUAAUGCAAGUUUUUUGUAGACAAAAUGUGAGCUUAUUUAAUAUUAAAGGUAUCUAAUAUAUAAAUUAAAAUGAGUACCCGCUGCCAGGUAAGCUGGCGCAGUGCUGU